AUCCUGUGGAGGGCAGUGAUGAGGCCAGUGGCAUUUAAAACCACAGCAGAAGAGAGAGGGAAGAAAAGGAGGCGGAGGUGAGAAAUCAGUGCGAGAUGCAGACUCCGAACCCCUGCGAUAAGAUGGGUCGUCGUGAGGAGCUCAGUGACUUUCAGCGCGGCACUGUCGUCGGAUGCCACAUGUGUAAAAAGUCGGUCCGGGAGAUUUCCGCCCUGCUGAACCUGCCUCGGUCCACCGUGAGCGCGGUGAUUUUGAAGUGGAAACGCGGAGGAAUAACGACGGCUCUGCCCCGGAGCGGCCGACCGCACAAGCUCAAAGAGGAGGACCGUCAAGUGCUGGAGAAAGUGGCGCUGGGAAAUUGUUUGCCCUCGGUUGAAGCUCUCACCAGCGAGUUUCAGACCGCCUCCGGGGCCAGCGUGAGCUCCAGGACCGUCCGCCGGGAGCUCCGUGAGAUGGGCUUCCGUGGCCGAGUAUCCACUUACAACAAGCCCGUAGGAGGGGAGAAAGCAGAGACGAAGCAGGCAGAUAAAGAUGAAGCCAUGGUGGACGUGUCUCGACUGGACCUGCGCGUUGGACGUAUAAUCACAACUCAGCAGCUUCCAGAGACCGACGGUGUUUACGUGCAGCAGGUUGAUGUUGGAGAGGCUGCUCCCAGGACAGUGGUCGGCGAGCUAGCCAGGCACAUACCGGUUGACCAG